AUGAAGCCAUCCGAGAACUCCAUGGAGAUCAACCACAAUCCCAAGCUCUUGUCCAACAUCACCCUGGGCUACAGCAUCCAUGAGAACUAUUUCAGUGCAAGGAAGACUUAUGAUGCCUUGCUAGACCUGCUGUCUCCAGGGCAGGCCAAUGUGGCCAACUACAAAUGUGGAAAGCGGAAUCAGCCAUUGGCUGUCCUGGAAGGGUCUGAAUCUGACAACUCCAUCCAGAUUUCAACCAUGUUGGGCAACUACAAAAUCCCACAGCUUCAUCCGUUCCUGAGAAACUCACAGUUUUACAAUAAUUCUAUGGAAGGAGUGUAUUUGGACGAGAACGGAGACCUGGCAGCCGACUAUGACAUCGUGAACUGGGUGGUCUUUCCCAAUAAGUCCGUCGUUAGAGUGACAUUUGGGAGUCUAGCAAGACAGGGAUCCCAAGGCCUCAAGUUCACCAUUGACCAGGAUGCCUUCGUGUGGCCCAACCGGCUCAACAGGUCCUUCCUCUUCAUUGGCCACCCAAGGAAAGCCACCUGCCUUCUCAGACAAACGGCCUUCAGUACAAUUUUCUCAGUUGCCGUCUCUUCUCUGUUGGCCAAAACGAUCACUGUGGUUCUUGCCUUCCUGGCCACAAAGCCAGGAAACAGGAUGAGGAGAUGGCUGGGGAAGAGUGUGACCAAAGCCAUUGUCAUUUCCUGUUCCAGCGUCCAAGUUGUCAUCUGCACCAUCUGGUUGGUCAUCUUUCCUCCAUUCCCAGAUUCUGACAUGCACUCCCAGCCUGGACAGAUCAUCCUCCAAUGCAACGAAGGGUCUGUCACCAUGUUCUAUGCUGCCCUUGGCUACAUGGGCUUCCUGGCUGCCAUCUGCUUCACGGUGGCUUUCCUAGCCAGGAAGCUGCCUGGGUCCUUCAACGAAGCCAAGCUGAUCACCUUCAGCAUGCUGGUCUUCUGCAGUGUCUGGGUCUCCUUUGUGCCCACCUACCUGAGCACAAAGGGGAAAUUCAUGGUAGCCGUGCAGGUCUUCUCCAUCUUGGCCUCCAGUGCUGGAUUGCUGGGCUGCAUCUUCAUUCCCAAGUGCUACAUUAUCAUAUUGAGGCCUGAUCUGAAUAGGAAAGAUCAUCUUGUGACAAAAAGCAAAGUACAAAUCUGA